UAAAAUACCCUUUUACUCUCUCUUCUUAUUUCCUUCUCAAAGUUCUUGAAUUGUUCUCUCUCUUUUUCUUUUUUUUCCUUUUUGGCUUUAAAAAAGGGUUUAGUUUUAGUUUCUUUUUCUUUUUCUUUUUGCAUUGUUAUUCUUCUUUUUGAUUCAUCUUAAUCUGGGUUUUCCUUCUUUUGGUGGAAAAAUAUCUCCUUUUGUUCAAAAGGUAAUCAUCAAGUAAGAAAAAAACAGAGUAAAGAAAGGGUUUUUUUUUUCUUUUUGUCCAUAUAAUUGGGAAAAAAAAAUGAUAACAGUCAUGGAUUCUCGGAAAGAAGUUGUGAAAAAUUCAGAAAAAUGCUUAGAUCCUCAGCUAUGGCAUGCUUGUGCUGGUGGUAUGGUACAAAUGCCAUCAGUGAACUCUAAGGUGUUCUAUUUCCCUCAGGGUCAUGCUGAGCAUGCCAAUGGGAAUGUAGAUUUUGGGAAUCUCCCGAUUCCGUCACUCGUCUUGUGUCGGGUUUCCGCCGUUAGGUUUAUGGCGGAUCCCGAAACCGAUGAGGUUUAUGCUAAAAUCAUGUUGGUUCCUUUGAGAGAGAAUAGUUUUGGGGUUGAAGAUGAUGGUUUUGAUGGGAAUGUUGGGGUGGAGAACCCUGAAAAAUCUGCUUCCUUUGCUAAGACAUUGACUCAGUCCGAUGCUAACAACGGUGGGGGGUUCUCGGUUCCGCGGUAUUGCGCGGAGACUAUAUUUCCUAGGUUGGAUUAUAAUGCUGAACCCCCUGUUCAGACUAUUCUUGCUAAGGAUGUUCAUGGUGAGGUUUGGAAAUUUAGGCAUAUAUAUAGGGGGACGCCUCGUCGACAUCUUUUGACGACGGGGUGGAGUAAUUUCGUGAACCACAAGAAGCUUGUGGCUGGUGAUUCGAUUGUGUUUCUUAGAGCUGAUAAUGGAGAUCUUUGUGUGGGGAUUCGUAGGGCGAAAAGAGGACUUGGGGGUGGACAUGAAUUUCCGGGAUGGAACUCUGCGAGUGGAACCUCUGGUUCACAAAUUGGGAGUUAUUCUCCGUUUUUGAGGGAGGGGGAGAGUAAAUUGAUGAGGAAGGAUUGUAGUGGGGAUCCAAGGGGAAGAGUAAGGGCUGACUCCGUGAUUGAAGCUGCGAGUCGUGCAGCUAGUGGGCAGCCCUUUGAGGUCGUUUACUAUCCACGAACUAGCACUCCUGAGUUCUGCGUGAAGGCCUCAUCCGUUAGAGCUGCAAUGCAAAUCCAGUGGUAUCCUGGGAUGAGGUUCAAAAUGCCUUUCGAAACUGAGGACUCUUCACGGAUUAGCUGGUUCAUGGGAACGAUAUCUACUGCUAAGGUUGUCGAUCCCAUCCGUUGGCCUAAUUCUCCAUGGCGACUACUGCAGGUAGCAUGGGAUGAGCCAGAUUUACUCCACAAUGUGAAGCGUGUUAGCCCAUGGUUGGUUGAAUUGGUCACAAACAUACCAGCUAUUAAUCUUAAUCCUUUCUCGCCACCAAGGAAAAAGAUGCGGCUUCCACAACACCCAGACUUUUCCUUUCUUAACCAAAUUCCAAUGCCAUCAUUUUCCGGGAACACUUUCAGAUCCAGCAGCCCCAUGCGUUGCAUUACGGACAACAUUCCUGGAGGCAUACAGGGAGCCAGGCAUGAACCGUUCGGAUUAUCUUCAUCAGAUCUCCGCUCCAACAAGCUGCAUUCAGGUCUGUUUCCAUCUGGUUUUCAUCAACUUGAUCGUACUGCCCCACCUAUUAGACUUUCCGGCGACAACUUUUGUAGCGACCACCCGAACAAUACAAAUAUAUCUUCCUUGUUGACAAUAGGAAAUCCGACCCAGAGUUUGAAACAAAGCAAUGAUAGCAAGACACCCCAUAUUGUAUUGUUCGGUCAACUCAUUUUCUGUGAGCAGCGGGCUUCUCAGAGCUGCUCAGGGGAUACGGUUGGAAACAGUUCAUCAGAUGGGAAUACAGAGAAGACUGCUAUUUCCUCUGAUGGAACUGGAUCUGUGUUACAUCAAAAUGUUCGGGAAAAUUCUUCGGAUGAAGGGUUUCCUUGGUGCAAAGAGCAUCAAAAAACUGAUCUAGGAUUGGAGACUGGUCAUUGCAAAGUGUUUAUGGAAUCAGAGAAUGUAGGUAGAACCCUUGAUCUUUCAGUUCUCGGAUCAUAUGAAGAGCUGUAUGGGAAGCUGGCCAACAUGUUUGGCAUAGAAAGUUCAGAGAUGCUGAGCAGUGUGCUCUACCGCGAUGCUGCCGGUUCAGUUAAACACACUGGAGAUGAGCCCUUCAGCGAGUUUAUGAAGACAGCAAGGAGGCUAACGAUUCUCAUGGAUUCAAGCAGUGACAACUUAGAAAGAUAGAGAGAUGAAUUUGCGCCAAAUUGUACAGUUUUCCCAGCCGUCGGUUUCCGAUUUUCAUUUCUUCUACGUUAGUUGUGAGAAAUCUCCACUUGACCCAUUUUGAUGGAACUGUAAAACCACGUUUUGUUGGUUAACUCGAAUUUUUCUUUCCAACAUAAAAAGGAUCUAUGUCCUUUGUCAUGUUUAUUAAAUCCCAGUCCUAGAAACUGUAUAUUUAUGGAAGAAAAUGGUGCAGGCAGGCUGCCGUUUUUGCUCAUCACGGAGUGUUAGGCUCGCAUCAUGUUGGAAUAAACCGUUCAUUUGUUUCA